AUGAAGCUGCAGCCGGAGGACUACAUGGGCUCUAAGAGAAGACAUAACAUCCACUCAUGGAAUGUGGCUCACAUUGGUGCUCAAUGUGCCAUGUUCGAGGGUCAAGGCUUCAAAAUGCUCGAGAAGGCCACCACGCAAGAGAUCAAUGCGCAGGAUACCUUGGAAGGCUUUACACCACUUCAUUGGGCUGUCCUGUCGGACAACCCGAAGGCUGUGAUCUGGCUUCUCGCACAUGGGGCCGACAAAGAUAUCAAAGACAUCCAGGGACGAACGCCUGAAGAUCUCAUUGAGGACUUUUGGGGCGACUUUCAUCAGCGCUACUGGGGACACGUCCCCAAGCAAGAUGGGCUUCCCCAAGUCGACAAGGUCUUACCGAAAAGGAUCAAGCAAAUGAAAGAUGCGUUGGGGAGCUCAGCCACAACCGAGCAUUUUCUGAAAAUCGUUGGCCUAUCAUCAGCUAAGGUUCAAGGGUACCUUUGCAUCCAAUGA